AUGCUACAUCAUCAGAAAUCCCUCCUUCUCUCUUCCACCACUUCAUCAUCUUCUUCCCUCACUUCUUCCAACCCAACUGAAGCUGAAAGCAAGAACAGCACCAGCUUGCUGGGUCUGAUGAAAACCGGAAGCACGUCGCUGGGGAGAUUGUUCGGCAUGGAGCACACAACUCUAGCAGCACAUUUCCAUGACUACAGCUGUUCCUCCACGACGAAGACGAUCCCUCUGUGGGGGAGCGACGCAGAGGAUUCGAAAGCAGAGGAGGAUCCAUGGGAAUCCAUCAGAGGAUUUGGGAUGCAUUGCUCAGAUUCUAGUAGCUACAAAGAUGAUCAAUUGAGGGUUAAGGCUACUACUAGUACUAGAAGAAGGAGAAGUAGAAGAGGGAAGUUGAGUAGGAAAAAGUCAUUCAGGAAACUGCCCAGGUUUCCUUUCUGGAGGUGGAGGCUGAGAUUCAAACGGUUCAGGAUUUUGAUCUGUGGCAAAAUCUUCUGA